GCAUGUGAUAGCGACAAGCCAGUUGCGAAGUCUGAUUAGAUACCGACGUCUGCAAAGAAAUCUCAAGCCUUCAUGAGGAUCAAGUUAUUCUAAUCUCAAAGUUCAAGCUGUGGAAAGCAAUCACCUAUCACAGAAAUAAAUGAAAUAUGGCAACAACAAGGGCGGUGUCAGCUGGCCACGGCGCAGCAACGACCAAAGCUGUCGUCGUAACGUCUCUAGGAAAAGCCAGCGUCGAAGACGUCUUUAUGCCCAUCGUGCGUGACGACUGGGUCCUUGUCAAGGUGAAGGCUGUCGCGCUCAACCCGACAGACUGGAAGCACGUAGCGUUAGGCGGUACCGAUGUUGGGUGCAGAGUGGGAUGCGACUAUGCCGGUGUCGUGGAGCAGAUUGGAAGCAAGGUCACAAAUUUCGAGAUCGGAGACCGCAUAACGGGUUGGGUGCAUGGCUCAAACCGAGCGAAUCACGAGUCUGGUGCAUUUGCCGAAUAUGCGAUUGCGAAAGCUUCUGUGCAGAGGAAAAUGCCAGACAAUCUAACAUUUGAAGAAGCCGCGACGCUAGGCACAGCCAUCAUGACAGUGGGACAGGGGAUGUACAUGCGGCUUAAUCUCCCGCCCCCGUCGGAGCCAAGCAAGGCGCCAAUUCCCAUCUUGAUAUACGGCGGAAGCACAGCGACAGGCAUGGUCGCGAUCCAAUUCGCGAAGCUCUCAGGUUUCCAAGUCCUCACGACAUGCUCAUCGCACAACUUCGAUCUAGUCAAAUCCUUCGGGGCCGACGCGGCAUUCGACUACAAGUCGCCCACCUGCGCCGCGGACAUAAAAGCAUUUACACAAAACCGGCUGGCGUAUUCCUGGGACUGCACCGGCGAUGGUGCGGGCAUCUGCGCCGCAGCCAUGUCUGACGCCGAGGCCGGGGUAUACGGCACCAUCAUGCCGGCGGACUACGAGCUACUAACCAAGACGAAUCCCAUGGUGCAGGGCCAGCCCUUCAUGCGCGGGUACGACACACAGGGCGAGGACUAUUUCUGGUUCGGCCAGACGCCGGUGACGCCGGAUGUGGAGGAGAUGAAGUACUACCAGUGGUUUCUGGAGCUCACGCAGCCGUUGCUCGAGAGCGGUGCUAUUAAACCGCCUCGCGCUGUGAUGAAUAGGACUGGGGCUGGGUUAGAAGGGGUUUUGAAAGGCCUUGAGGAGAUGAAACUUGGGAAGGUUAGCGGGGAGAAAUUAGUUUAUACUAUCUAA